AAAACGUACUUUUAUUGGCUCUUUGAAUUAUCAUCCUAAACAAGGAGUUGUUUGAUUACUAAAGAUUACAAUUACUUUCAAAAUCAAGCUUGAUUUCAAAACCGGCAAAAAACGGCCAGUAUUAUAGGUUAGGAUCAUGACGGCCAUAUUUGAGCUGCUAAGGAGGGAAGGAGUUGGUCGAUACUGCUCACAAGUGCUCCACACGGUCCAACGGCAGCAAACGACACUGGCCUCAAAGAAAUCCAGAAUGCCUAAACUAACUUUAGAAGAUAGAGAGAAGGACAUCAAACCAUUGGUGUCCAACGGCUGGGUCAUUCAAGAUAACAGAGAUGCUCUGUACAAAGAGUUUGCUUUUAAGAAUUUCAAUCAGGCGUUUGGUUUUAUGACGAGAAUUGCUAUGCAAGCUGAAAAAAUGGAUCAUCAUCCUGAAUGGUACAAUGUUUACAAUAAAGUUAACAUCACGCUGUCGUCUCACGACGUCAACGGUUUAUCUCAGCGCGACGUGAAACUUGCAAACUUCAUCGAGAAGGCUGCCAAAUUUGUUAAUGAAUAAAUUUUUGCAUAUAUUUUUUUACUUUGUUGAACGUCAACAGAAAAUGAAACCAAUUUGAUGUCUUUGCGACAAUAAAUAGAUUUAUCAUGUGAGAAUAUGAAAGCAGCAUAAUUUAAUCAGCAUAAACUAUAAUGAAUCUUUAGAAAGUACAUUUCAUUUUCUUGUAUCCAAUAAAGUCGGAGCCGUAUAAUUAAGUUCUUUAUAUGAUUCUGAUAUUUCUAUUUGAAAUACAUAUGAAUUGAAAAUAUUCU